AUGUGGGAAGAAGGCUUUUGGUAAAUUUGCAAUUUCAAGGCUCUUCGUUCAAUAGGAAGAUGAGUGAGUACUGUUUUCUUUUAAUGUUUUGCUCGCCGACUGUACAGAUAGUGUGUAGAAUCUACAAUGUGAAGUAGUUUGAACUUUUGGUGACAUUUUGCCCAAGUAUUGAGCGGAUUGUUUCACCCAAGCCGAAAGAGGACAUUUCGAAUGGCGUUCGCAAAGUUCAUUGUUCUCUUGCCUGUAUCGUAAUUAUUGUUGAUGAGUGAAUCUUGUACCAAUUGGAAUUUUUAUUUUAUUGUAAACAGUGUUUGAUGUAGCUUUCCUGAUCGUAAUGUUAUUCAUAUACGUUCAUCAACUUUUGGCAGUUAAUUGACAAGAUAAAACGUGAUAAAGAUAUUGCCAUGAAGGCAACUGAGUUGAGUUGGUCUCAGCUCAGGAGAUUUGUGGGUCUAAUGUGAGCGUUUUGGCCACGUUAUGGAUUCAUACGAUUUAUUUGGAGAGGAUGUCAGUGGGAGCAUGCUUGAUGGCCUUGCUGACCUUGGAUCGGACAAUUUCGACCCAGCACCACGUGGUGAUGGAGGCGGAGGCGGCGGCGGAGGGGGAGGUGGAGGGGCAGGAGCCGCCUACCAGCCGCCCCCGCCCCACCACCAGUCGUCCUACGGCCACGGCCACGCGCAUCCAAUGCAGCAGCAGCAGCAGCAGCAGGAGUCGCCGCUGCAGAAGCUGGCUUCGUUCGGAGGAGACUUUGGCUCAGCCAACCACAUGCAGGCGGCAGCAGACCCGUUCCACAGCAGGGGCGGCAUGUGUCCGCCGGGUAGUGCGCCGCCCCCCGGCUACGGUCGCCCCAUGAUGCAGCAACAACAGCAGCAUGACAUGCGGCGGGCGUCGGCUGCCCAGUAUGGCGGAGGCCACUACGGUCACGGUGUGCCUCCCGACAACAUGUACUCGAUGGAGCAGUCGCAGGCGGCCGAGUGGGGCGGCUACCCCGGGGCGCCCAUGCGCCACUACAACCAGAUGACACCAAAUGCUUAUAGGCAGCAGCACAUGUACCAGCAGGAGAACUCGAUGGCCUCGGCUCAGCAGAAGAUGAGUCAGUACGGCGCUGGGCAGCACUCGAUGAUGGCGUCGCACCCCUCGGCCUAUCCCCGCCAACAGCAGCAGCCGCAACCUCAGCAACCGCAGCCUCAGCAGCAGCAAGCCUAUCCUGUUUACCCUGGAGCUUCAUCGGGUUAUUCAGGGUAUCCAGUGCAUCCGCAAGCCCCGAGAAUGCCAUCUCAUCAUAUGCAAUACCCCAAUCAAUCACAACAUCCACAACAGAUGGGAGACAUUCCAAGUCAGUCUUCAUACAACCACAUGCAAUCUCAUCCGAAUCAAAUGACUCAUCAAGCAUUUGCACAACAACAACAACAACAACAGCAACAACAACAACAGCAGCAGCAGCAACAGCCUCAGCAGCAGAUGCCCAGGCCAAUUGGUAUUGAGGUUGCCGGCGGAUCACAAUACCCUGUACCAACGGCCAGCACAAUGCCGUCGAAAACACACAGCCAGGGCAGUCCACAGCCGCAAUACAGGCCUACAGUUCCAUACCCGCAAUUGUCGCCGCAGAUGUCGCCGCGACCGCAGAUGUCGCCUCGACCACAGAUGUCGCCACGCCCCGUCAUGUCGCCGGCCAAGUCCAGCACUCUAUCGCCGCACCCGCACUCGCAGAGCACGCUGUCGCCUCGGCCAGCCACGUCGCUCACGCCCAAGUCAUCGACCUCAUCGCCCGCUCCGUAUGCCCAGCAGAGCACGCUGCAGCAGCUCGAGCAGAUGGUCAUGCCUCCAGUCAGUGCCAGCUCCACCGAUUACCCUGCCUACCGAAGUGCAAUGCCUCAGCAGUGGGGGGCCCAGCCGCCGCCUCGCACGCCCGUCAAUGGCAACAUGGCUGGCAUGGUCGACUCGCAAGGCAUGCCAGCCUAUCCAGCCAUAUCAGAAGACACCAGGCCGAUGGAGCCUCCCAAGCCCCAUCCAACCAGUUCAAUGCAGCCGGGGCCAGGGCCAGGGCAGCUGGGAGUGCCCUCACAACUGCAACCUGACUUGAGUAUGUCUUCCGGCCCCUCUGUCAAUGAUUCAGGCGGAACUAACAAUGGAAUUGAAUACUCUCAACCGCAUGAAAAGUUCUCUUCGCCUACGCACAUGCCUCCCUCGCUGCAGGGCUCCGACUCAAGCCCUGGGAUGCCGCUCGACCCAUCAACUGGCCCACUGCAUGCUCAGCAAGCAGCAGCAGCCCAACAGAUGCAACCACAACAGAGUCAACCUUCUCUGGAUCCAGUCUCCUCUGGAGGUAUGGUGUCCGCUCCAGGCUAUGACGCUCUACCUUACCACAAUGGAAACAAAAUGGAUGAUAUGAUGUCUCCUCAGCAUGAGUCUCAGAUGACUCCUUUGAGCCAACCUGCACAGAUGCCGCCUAUGCCUCCCCAGGCCAACGAAAUUCCCCCCAACCUAUAUCCUGAGCCUAGCCGUCCUAUGUAUCAAUCUCCAAUCAGUCAUCAGCAAGAAAUGGCCGCCCUGCAACAGCAGCUUCAGGAGAUAUAUUGUAUGCCUCCUGCUCCAGAAAAUCAACACCGGAUGGUCAGUUUGCAAGAACGAAUAGGAAUGUUGCAAGCACAUGAAGCUAAUGAUCAAUGUAUGGGAGGACCUCACUGCUUACUUCAAAGUCCCAUGUACAAUGCAUGCGCCACUGGCCUGGACCCACCUAUGCCGCCGGAGGGGAGAGGGCGAGGCAGAGGACGCGGCAGAGGCAGUGGAGCCCCGAGAGGGCCGCGCAAAAGUCGCAAGAAAGCAGCACAAGAACAGCAGCAGCAGCAACAGCAGCAGCAAAUGCCCUAUCCGAUGCCUCCAACUCACAUGAUGCCGCACCCAGAGAUGGCGCCCGGUGGCAUGGACGUGCCUAUGCCUCUGCCUGUACCAGUGCCAGUGCCUAUGCCAGCCAUGCCUGUCAUGCCACCUAUUCCGCCUGUCGACAUGAUGGCUGCAGCCGGGGGCGGCACUCACUUGCCAAUGGUGACAAGCCCGGUGCCGCCACCUCCCUCGCCGCCCCUCGGCGCAGGCAUGGACAGCAGCUGUGAUUCGUCGCCUCCCCUAGCACCGCCUCCACCUGCCCCCGUCCCCGUCGACCCCCCUCCGCCCGCCACCCUUGAUGAGGACAUGUCGCCUCCUGUCCUGACGCCGGCCGUCGCUGCCCCUACCGGGCCUGGGCCUGGGCCGCCCCCACCUCAGCUUGAACCAUCCGACGAUGAUGAUAUGAUUGUAAAUAAAAGCUACGAAGCGCCCGAAACUAGUGUAUUCAAUUUCACCGAAGACGAGGAACCACCUCCGCCACUCCAUUCUACACUCGAUCCUAGCAAGAAAGGAAAACUUCCAAGGAAGCCAAGAAAACCCAGGGAGCCCAAAGUACCAAAAGAGCCAAAAACCCCCAAAGAGCCUAAAAUUCCCAAAGAACCUAGAACUCCCAAAACUCCACGCACACCUAAAACGCCUAGAGAGAGGAAGAAGCGGGAGCCCAAAACACCAACUGAUGGUCAAGACAAACCCAAAAGGAGAAGUCCGAAAAAGAAGAAGUCAGAUGAAGACACUGAAGAAGUGGGUGAAGAAGCAGUGCUUGUGGGUGAAAAUGCGACACCUGUGCUUGAAGAGAGCUCGACGAUGGAUGAGAAUCUGUCGGAAACAUUGCCUUCGUAUCCGACGCCGACUACUGGCGAGGCGACCACAGCCGACGAGGCCAGCGAAGAGCCAGCCGACGAGAAGAAGGCCGAAGCAGCUGACGGCGAGGCAGCUGACGAGUCAGUGGCCGAAGACAAACUGCCUGAAACCAAUGAAGGGGACACGCCCACCACAACACCUGUCAAGGCCACUCCUAAGAAGAAGCGGGAUCGCACUAGAAAUCGCAACCGAUCCAAAGCAGGCGGCAGCAGCAGGUCGCGGAAGAGAAGCAAGCCUACAACACAGAGAGAAUCUGGUGGUGAAGAUGCUACUCCACCACCGUCUCCUGAAGGAGAUGAUAAGAAGAGACGAUCGGCCAGGAACACUCAGAGAAAGAAAUAUGUUGAUGACAUAAUGCUAGCUAUCUCUGAUGAAGAAUCUGGCAAGUCGCGGUCUCCCAAGACUGAUUCUGCUAAAAAGUGUUCAAAUGAUGACUCUGCUGAUGGAACUGUCAAACCAAACUUUGUCUAUAUUAAUACAACUGAUGAAGACUCGAUGGUUGUUCAGUUUAUACUGGCAGCUCGUAAAGGGAAGAGAGAGGUGAAGGUUGACGAUGAAAUCAAAGUAACACCUCUGGAGGGAAGUGUAGAUGACAAGAUACUAGAAGAUGAAGAAAUCAAGAAAGAAGACAAAAAAGAAGUUGAAGAAGAGAUGGAGGUGGAAAAGAAAGAUGAAGAAGAAGAUGAGAAAGAAGUAGUUGAAGAAGAUAAAACAGAUCAACCAGACGAAGAGAAAAUGGAUGUUGAUGAAGAGGCCGUUGAAAAGGAUGGCAAAUCCGAAGAUGGCUCUCUUGCUCUGCAACCAGAAAUGGAUGAGUCCAAGUCCACCGAUUCCAAAGCCCUUGAAGAAGAGAAAGAUGAGAACAAAGAAGCGAAAGAGGAAGAGGAAGAGGAAGGAAAAGAAAAAUCAGAAGCAGUUGUGGAAGCGUCAGAAACGUCAAAUGAACCACUGCCACCCCCUGCCGCCACUGACUCAAACACUGCUACUGAUGCAAACACUGACAAAAUGCAACCAACCGCUACUGACCAAUCCGAUACAGUCGAAAAUAGUCAAGUGUCCAAAGCAGUCAAAUCUGAAACUAAAGUGAUUGAAGUUGAGGAAUACUAUGUCAAGUACCGCAAUUUCUCCUAUCUUCAUUGUGAGUGGAAAACUGAAGAUGAACUUUUCAAGGGCGAUAAAAGAAUCGCUGCUAAGCUUAAAAGGUUCAAGCAGAAAAUGGCUCAUCAUGCUAAUAUUUUCGAAAAUCCUGAAGAAGAUCCUUUCAACCCCGACUAUGUUGAGGUUGAUAGGGUGUUGGAUGUUGCCGAGCACAAAGACCCAAAUACUGGAAAGACCAUCAAACAUUAUUUGGUCAAAUGGCGUUCUCUGCAGUACGAGGACAGCACUUGGGAACUUGAAGAAGACGUAGAUCCCGUUAAAAUUCAACAAUUUCAAGUCUUCAAUAAGCUUCCUCCAAAAGACCAGUGGAAGCCAAAGAAGAAACCAUCAGGAGGAGAUUGGGUGAAGUUGGAUGAAUCUCCAGUUUACAAAAGUGGAAAUAUGUUGAGAGCUUAUCAGUUGGAAGGUUUAAAUUGGCUGUUAUUCUCCUGGUAUAAUGGUCGCAACUGCAUUCUUGCUGAUGAAAUGGGUCUCGGUAAAACUAUUCAAUCACUGACCUUCAUUCAUGCAGUUCAUGAAUAUGGAGUUAGAGGUCCGUUCUUAGUUAUAGCUCCUCUGUCCACCAUUCCAAACUGGCAACGAGAAUUCGAAGCCUGGACUGAACUAAAUGUUAUUGUAUAUCAUGGAUCAUCGGCGAGUCGUAACAUGAUUCAGGAGUAUGAAAUGUAUUAUAAAACAGAAAAAGGUCAAUUAGUUAGAGAUUUACAAAAAUUCAAUGUACUUAUUACAACAUUCGAAAUGAUAAUAUCUGACAGCUCGGAGUUGAAAGGUUUCAACUGGAGGCUUUGUGUCAUUGAUGAGGCUCAUCGCCUCAAGAAUAGAAACUGCAAACUAUUGGAAGGACUGCGGCUUUUAAGUUUGGAACACCGAGUUCUCCUAUCCGGAACACCACUUCAAAACAAUGUCAACGAACUUUUUUCACUGCUCAAUUUCCUAGAGCCUACUCAAUUCACAUCCAGUGAAUCAUUCCUUCAAGAAUUCGGUGCAUUGAAAAGUGAAUCCGAAGUACAAAAGCUUCAGGUUCUACUGAAACCAAUGAUGCUGAGAAGAUUGAAAGAUGACGUAGAAAAAUCCAUCGCCCCAAAAGAGGAAACUGUUGUCGAGGUGGAGUUGACAAAUAUACAAAAGAAAUACUAUAGAGGAAUUUUAGAAAGAAAUUUUUCAUUUCUUGCCAAAGGAACUACUUCUGCCAAUGUGCCUAAUCUCAUGAACACCAUGAUGGAACUACGAAAGUGCUGCAUCCAUCCAUAUCUUCUGAAUGGCGCAGAAGAUCAAAUCCAACUUGAUUACAGACUAGCGCACGGUGAUGAUCCAGAUGCUUAUUACAAGGCUUUAAUCAAUUCAUCGGGUAAAAUGGUGCUCAUCGACAAGCUGUUACCAAAGUUGAAAGCAAACGGACAUCGUGUGCUCAUCUUCAGCCAGAUGGUUCGCUGCUUGGAUAUCCUCGAAGACUAUCUCAUGUUCAGAAAAUACGCUUUCGAGCGCAUCGAUGGACGAAUAAGAGGCAACCUGCGCCAGGCUGCCAUCGACCGGUUUUGCCGUCCUGACUCUGAUCGGUUCGUGUUCCUAUUAUGUACAAAAGCGGGUGGUCUGGGCAUCAACCUGACUGCAGCUGACACUGUCAUCAUCUAUGACAGUGAUUGGAAUCCGCAAAAUGAUUUACAGGCUCAAGCAAGAUGUCACAGGAUAGGUCAACAGAAAAUGGUGAAAGUGUACAGACUGCUGUGUCGCAGCACUUACGAGAGAGAAAUGUUCGACAAAGCUUCUCUCAAACUCGGCCUAGACAAAGCCAUUCUCCAGAGUAUGAAUACAUCUCAGGGGAAAGAACUCAACAAUAAACAGCUCUCUAAGAAGGAGAUUGAGGAUCUUUUGAAAAAAGGGGCGUAUGGUGCAAUAAUGGAAGACGAUAAUGCGGGUGAUAAGUUCUGUGAAGAAGACAUAGAUCAGAUAUUGGAGAGGAGAACUCAGAUUAUUACUCUUGAAUCUCAAAAAGGCUCGACAUUCUCGAAAGCCAGCUUCGCGUCAUCCGGAAUCCGGGCCGACAUCGACAUCGAUGAUCCUGACUUCUGGAAGAAGUGGGCCAGGAAGGCUGAAAUCGACACCUCUGAAAGGGGCGAUAAGAACGAACUUGUCAUUUCGGAACCUCGAAGGCGCACACAGAUCAAAAGGUACGGACAUGAUGAAGCUGUCAUGGACAUGUCCGAUUUGGAGUCGUCUUCAGCUGAAUCUGCGGAUGAGGACUCCGCAAUCGGAGUAGGACGAGGAAGAAGAAGUAAACACAAAUCGAAGAAGCACAAAUUGAGGUAUUUGAAUGAUGACUAUGUGCCAAGAGAAGGGGAAGUGGCUUAUGGAACUUGGGCAAGGAGCGAAUGCUAUAAGGUUGAGAAAGGACUAUUGACAUUUGGCUGGGGAAGAUGGCUGGAAAUUAUUGCUCAUAGCCAAUUCAGAGAAGGUUGGCGUGAGAACGACGUUGAAGAUUGUGCCAGAAUCAUUAUUUUGUACUGCUUGCGGUACUAUCGGGGAGAUGACAAAAUAAGAGCUUUCAUCUGGGAUCUCAUUACACCAACAGAAAAUGGUCUGCACUCCCCCGGGCCAAGAAGCGGUGGUGGGGGUGGGGGUGUUGGUGGGAAUGGGGGAAGCAGCAGCAGUAGCAGCAGCAAGCGUGCGCGCAAGCAGAAGCACCUGAAGGAGCAGAUGAUGGUCAGUGGCUACAGCGAAAUGGAGAUCGACCACUGGAGUCGACAUGAGAAGUACGAUGGUGACAUCUUCCUCGACCUCAGCUAUAGGAAACAUCUCAGUCGACAUGCCAACAAGAUUCUUCUUCGUGUCAGAAUGCUGUACUACAUCAAACAUGAAAUAAUAGGAGAUCUUGUUCAUCACAUACAAGAAGGUGCUCAUGUCAGUGCCUUGCCGAUUAAUCCGCCCAAUUGCGAACAAGCCCCAGUAGCCUGGUGGGACAAAGACGCCGAUCGGUCAUUGCUUGUCGGCACCUUCAAACACGGUUAUGAAAGCUAUCCUCAGAUGAGAAGUGAUCCUGCAUUGACUUUCCUGGCACGCUGUGGUCCAAUGCCUGACAAUAACACCCAACUUUGUGACAGAGAAGAGAAGGAGACGCAGAAGUUGAGUGGCGAUGAGGAGGAGACAAGUGCAGUGGGGCUGUCGGCGUUGACGGCAGCAGCGGCGGCUGCCGAGGAGAUGGGUGGUGGUGGUGGCCCUCCACAGUCGGCGCCCGCUACACCCGCCCCCCAAGACGAUGCCGGCCCCCCCACCACUGCUGCCGACGACCACCCCGACAGGCCCCAGUGGCCGUCCAUGGGCGACCUCAACACGCGUCUAAGAAAGGUUAUUAGCUCUUACCAACGCAAUUCCAAGAAAGAGGAAACAAAGCUCUUGCAGAAGUCAAAGUCGUCGGCUCAAAUGGCGGCUGUGGCUGCGGCUGCAGUGGCGGCUGAGGCCAGCCAGGCUGCCCAGGCGGCAGGGUCGACGCCCGUCGAUGUCAACUCUCUUUAUGGCGCCGAUUGGCACCAACUAGCCAUGCUCCUCUGGAAGGUAGAAAGGAAAGAGAAGAUUGAACAAGCCCUUCGGGAAAGGGAGAGACAAAAACUUGAGAUUCAUCAACGAAAAUGGUCUAAACGGGAGGAGCAGGACUUCUUCCGCACUGUUUCAACGUAUGGAGUUGAAUUUGAUAGGCAAAAGAGUCGCUUUGAAUGGACCAAAUUCCGUGCAAUAUCUAGACUUGAUAAGAAAUUCGAUGAGACUAUGACUGAAUAUUAUCGCGCUUUCCUAGCAAUGUGCAAACGAGUUUGCGGAUUGAAAUUGUCAGAAGAAGAAGAAUGCCCUGAACUCUAUAUUGAACCAUUACCAGAAGAGAGAGCUAGACGAAUUUUGGAAAGGAUAAACCUCCUUUGCAAGAUUCGAGAAGAAACGCUUGUUCAUCCUCAGCUGGACGAAAGGUUGAAGCUUUGCCAACUUUCAGCUGAUGUUCCUGAUUGGUGGAUUCCUGGUAAACAUGACAAAGAUCUACUGAUAGGAGUUGCCAAACACGGAUUGGGGAGAACCGAUUUCUUCAUUCUGAAUGACCCAGAUCUAUCCUUCAGAGAGAUUGUGAAAAAGAAUGUUCUUUCUUCUGUGAAGAAUGAAAAUAUUAAAGUAGAAAAGUCUGAAGAUACUCUCAAGUUUGAUCGCAGUAAUGAAAUUCUUGUAAAAUUAGAGAAAGGUGAAGGAACAUUGAAAAUAGAGAAAAUAGCUAGCACGAAACAAGAAACAACGACUGAAACUGCUGAAGUACCUGCUAUUAAGACAGAGAAGGAGGAAGAAAGCCAGCCCGUUGACGACAAUAUUGAGACUAAGACUGAUACUGAUAACAAAGAAGAUGAAAAUGCAGAGAAGACUGUAGACAACUUGAAAUCCGAAGCUGCUGCUGUUGAACCAGUAAAUACAAGUGAGGAGACCAGUGUCAAGCAAGAGCCAUCUGGUGAAGAAGCCGAAGAAAACUCAGGUGACAAGAAGAUGGUAUCUGAUGAGAAGGUCGUCCACGAAGCCAGCUGCAAUGAGAAGGCUGUGGAUGCUGAUCCAUCUGUCGAAGAUAAAGAAGAUGAAAUUGAAAAAGAGGAAAAGGUUGAAGACACUGUAGCAGAAGAGGAGAAAGUGAAAGAAAGCGAAGAAAAAGACAAAAUAUCUGAGGAAAGUGAAGAGGAAGUAAAGCCCAUUGAAAAUGAAGAGGACGAAAAGACUCUUGAAAUAGAAGAAGAAAAAGACAGUGAACAUAAUGAAAAUGAAGAAAAAGACAAAGAAGAAUCCGUUGAAAGUGAAGGAGCCACUGAGAAUAUACCAUCAAAUGAGAAGAUGGAUGUUGAAGAAAGCAAAGAUGACUCAGAGGGCAAAUGUGAAGAAAUGGAAGUUGAGGGGGGCACAAGUAAAACGGAUGAUGAUUCGUCAGAGAAGGAAAAACCUGAUGAAGAAGAGGCUAGCGAUGCUGCUCCUGUUGAAGAGAAAGCCAGCGAGUGUGUGGAUGCCGUUGCAGAUGCAGAUGCAGACGUUGCCACAGCUGAGGAAGCACCAACCACCAAUGGUCCCGACAACAGUGAUGCUGAAAAAGUGGAUGACUCGACCAAAAAAGAACAAGAGCAAGUGGACGUGGAAGAGAAAGAGAGAGUGGAAUCAGGUGGUGACGGCAUGAGCAGCGCUGAGGUGGUGAAGAGCGGCGCGAGUGGCAAUGCGGAGGCGGUCGACCGAUUCAAAGCCAUGUUCCCCGAACUGGAGGUGAUGCACAAGCUGCCCGAAAUCGACACCAUCGUCCUGCAAGACAAGCCCACUGUCGCCCAACUCCUGCAGCAGAGCUAUCAGAACCCCAUCAGGUGGCCCAAGGACCACGCACUGCAGGUGCGACUGCAGCACAUAGUGCACUGUGUGGAGGUGGGCGAGUGGCCAGCCAGCAGAGCAUUCUCGGCCUACGCAGAGGUGGACGCACGCACGCCCACCACCACCUCCUCGCCACCAGAGAGCACAGAGGUCAUCACCAUCACCACCGACCGCCAGCCAAGUGCUGCCCAGGUCCAGGCCCAGGCCCAAGCCCAGGCCACAGCCCAGGCUCAAGUCAAGAAGAAGCGACACAUCGCCAUCGAUGUUGAGACGGAACGAGCAAAACUUCAUGCCCUAUUAAAUAGUACAAAUAUGCAGAUUAGUCACUCGAGUACAAUGAAGCAUUCUCCAGCAUCUGUCUCUCCAUGGGAAACCAAUGAAGAAUCUCUUUCUGAAGACUCCAGGAGGUCAACACCGUCGAACCUGCAGCCUCCUCCUGCGCACCAACACAGUCACACGCCGCGGGUCCUGUCCAUGCCCUUCGAUCUCAAGUACCACGCCCACUCGUCCACGCCCAAACCACCCACGCCCACAGCAAACGCUCCAAUCGACCUCUCUUCAGGAAUUACAAAAAUCAACUCAGUGGAUCUGACGAAGGUGAGCUUACCGAAAGAGCAAGUGUGCGAGGAAGCUCAGGACUUCUCUAUGCCUGGCAAGAAGCAGCAUUCGCAUUCGUCGCCUUCGCCGCUGCAGCAGUCUCUGCAGCAGAACACGAGCAGCCAUCAGCCGACUCAGCUCGGAUCGACCACCAUCACCACCACCACCACCCCUCUGCCCACGCAGCCUGCCAAGAGCAAGCUCGAUGAUAUGCUCAACAAGCUCAUGCAGCGCAAGAACUGUCCUGUUGAGGAGCCGGUAGUGGGCAAAGAGAAGAAGCGCCGGAAACUGGACGAGAUAGUGCUGGGUCUGUCGGCGGCCAAGGAGCAGCAGUCGGAGGCCAAGAAGAGUGUGUCGCCCAGUGUGAGUGUCAGCAUCAGUGCGGUGCCUGUGUCGGCAGCAGCAGCCAGCAGCAAAACGCUGCCAGCAGUCAGCAGCAGCAGCAGCAGGCCUGCUAGCAGCAGCAAGCCGCAUGACGUGCACCUGGCCUCGUACCUGGCGCAGGCGGAGCAGCACAACCUGCUGCUCAAGCAGCAACAACUGCAGCAACAGCUGUUGCAGCAGCAGCAGGCCAUCAAGAUGUCGCAGCCGACGUCGGCUGCAGCCGCCCAGGUGCAGCGCAAGACCUACGAGGCCAUGAUUGCCGACAUCACCAAGGUCGCCGACUUCUCCUCCAAGAUCAACUCCUACUCUCACGAAGCCAAGGUGAACAAGUGGCUGGCUGAACAAACGGCUCUGAUGCCGGAGCAGCCACUCUGCGCCGACUUUCUAUCGGCGCCGCGGCGUCGGCGACCCCGAGUCGAUCCGACUCUGCUCGAUUGGAAGAAGUUGACUGGCGAAGAGAAUGUCUCGGUCAUUAAUCGCAUUACCGGCAAAAAGCUGACGGGCUCUAAAGCUCCACAACUGAAGAGAUUGGCGCAAUGGCUUCUGGAAAACCCGAUGUUCGAUGUGGACCCAAAAUGGGCGGAGCUAGUAAAGGAAAGAGGAAACCUGCCGCACGACUUGCAGAAGAGAUUGAACCAGGCAGACCGGAAGAAGGGCCCUGGGCGACCACCGCUGCUGUCCAGUCCGCCAACAGCAGCGUCGACGCAGGCGUCGGCCAUGCCCACCUCCAGUAUGCCCUUCCCCAACCUGGGAGCCAUCAACCCCUCCACUCUCCUGUCAGGCCUGUCACUGGGUGGCUUCGAUCCAAAGACCAAUCCUUUGCUUAUGCCAUUCGGUGGACUGCCAAAUAUGAGUGCUCUGAGUGGUUUAGGUGGACUAGGCAAUAUGAAUCUCACAAACUCUCUGUUUGCCAACUUGGCUGGCCUUGGAAUUCCCAAUCUGACUGGUUUGGAUGGUUCGGGUGCGGAUGGGUCUGGCACCAGCAGUAGCAGUCCCAGUACGUCCAAGUCAAGCAAGCCGCGCAAGACCAGUGAAAGUUCCCCAUCAUCAUCUUCCACUAAAACCACGCCAGUAUCUUCAGCAGCUUCUAGCCUACCUACAUCGCUGCCAUUCUUCUUUCCAAAUCCAAGUUUGCUGUAUACUCCUUUGGGACUUGGAGGCUUGAAUCCUUUCUCGCUGCAACCGGGAUCAAUGCCGUCCGCCUACGACAGUUUAGCAUUGCUCAAUGGAGGCCUUGGAGUGGGAGCAGCGGCAUCGCAGGCGUCCAAUCGUCAGCACAAGUCGGCCGUAACCACGACAACGCCGUCGAGCAGCAGCGGCAGUGGUCGCACAUCUGCCAUGUCCUCCAGUGCUAGGCAGCAGCAACAGCAGCAGCAGCAGCAGCAACAGCAAAGAUCACAGUUCAUGUUGCCCCAUGACACACAUCUACUUGAGACUUUGGCCCGCCAAACUCAACGACAAAGUUCUCGCAGCAGUAGAGAAGCUGUUGAUAAUCUGCGAAAUCUCAUGUCAGGUAUACCUCACUUCGCUAGCGGCAAAACAAGAGAACAGGAAAUGAAGGAAGCUUUGGAAACACUAAGCAAAAGCUCAGCAGAACUGUUAUCAAGACUUCCACAAGAAACACAAGAGAGAGUUCCAAAGAGAAGUCGAGAAGAAUCUCCUUAUUCAGCAGUUGAUUUGGCAGCUGGUAAGAGAAUAUCUCCCAGUCCUUCUCCUAAAAGAGCCAAGGAAUCUCAGCUGCCUUCUCCUUCGUUGCUCACCGCUGGGAAAAAGACGCUGCCUGAACUAGCCCUGGCCUCGUCUGGCAUCGACCUCAGCAAUCAUUCUGCUCUGACAGUGUCUCUGAUGUCAGCGCCCAUGUCCGCCUCUGCAGUCGAAGAUAAGGUCAAGUCUUCUUUUGCGCUAGCACAAGAGUUGCUCUCGAAAACGCCGGCUGUUCUUUCUGAGAGUACUCGAGAAUCGGAGAGCAGCUCGCGACGAAGUUCGGCGUCGCCGGCCUCCCAUCAUCCCCAGCAGCAGUCGACGAGUAGGCAGCCGUCCAGGGCAGCCACCCCACUUGUCACAGAACCCUCUCCUCCUACUCAGCCUGAGAGACCAGUCAGUCCCGAAGCUCCUGUUCCUGUUUCUGUUACUUGCACUCCUGAAAUAAUAACUGAGGUGGAGGAAAAGUCAGUGGAGGAGGAGAUGGAAAUGGAAGUUGACACUAAACCAGAAGAAGAGGUAGCUGGUGGUGGUGAAGAGGUUGAGGCUGCACCGGCUGCAGCAGAAGUGGACGUGGACUCUCUGCCUCUGUCGGAGAUAGCCAAGUCGAGUGGUGGGGGUGAGGCGGCUUCGCCUGCAGCGACCAGCAAGAGCAGGAAGCGCGGCUCAAGAGGCAAGAAGGGGGGCGGCAGUGGUGGUGGGGGCGGAGGCGGUGAGGUGGUGGAACGCAAGGUGUUGCGGAGCAGUGCGGGACGAGCGGCGGCGGCGGCUGCGGCCCGGGCCAGAGCUCAGCAGGCCGAGCAAGACUCGUCCUAAAAGUCAAUUCAACCACUGCUAAUAGUUAAUAUUCCACUCUCGGACCGUUCAGUUGUACAUUUUUAUAGACAAUAGUUUUUCUUUUUUAUUACGGCAAAAGUGAAUUGAAACUUUGGUAGGAAAUUUUUAAAAACAUUGUUAUUUAUAACGCACGAUCUUAUCUAUGACUGACGCCCUUCACGUUGAAAGUACAAUUUAUAAACAAAUAAAAGGGAAGUAUUGUAUUUAUGUAAUUAUGUAUCUAUGUAUCUAACAAAAUAAUUUAAAACUAUUUUAUAACUCAUCAGCUGUUCAAUUAUUACUGUAUUGGAAAAGCAUUACUUAUAGAAGAAUCAUUUUAGUCCCGAUUUUUCUGAUUCUCAACUCGCAUUAAUUUUAUUUGAAACAGUUUGUGUGAUGAUCGUAGGACACCAGUAGCCUGAUUUCUAAUCGAUUCUGGUGCUGGCACCAUCAAGCACUGACAAAACAAUAUAUUUGUUGUGAGAACAAUUUUGACGAGUGAAGCGUUUCUCUUGUGUUUAUCUUAUAGUUUAACUGUGAUAUAUUCGCUCUAUUAUAAGAUUUAAUGUAAUGUUUUUCUAUUUUUUUUCUAUGUUAUUGAAGUUUACAACGUAUGUGUUGAAAAAUGUUGUUUUUAUGUUUCUUACAAUGUAAUGUGCAUGUGUUUAAAUCUUUUUAGUCAUAAAUGUUCUGUGUUCAUAUUGUUUCCCAUUCUGGUUAAAGCAUUCUUUUUAAGCAAGGUCACAGUAUUUAGUUGCAGCUUUUCUCGUAAUCGAUCAUAGACAUUUUUAGCUGCUAUUACUCAUAAUAAUCAGUAUUCAUUAAUAGAGAAGUCUUCAUCAAAAUCUUUAGACAACAAUAUUUAUUCAGUGAUAACUACAAAAUGACGUAUCUUGUAACAUUUUGAUAAGCACAACUUUAAAUGAAGCCUGAUGAUGAAUUAACAUGAAACCUGAUGUAUAUAGCUGUUAUCAUGCUUAAUUAAAAUAUAAAGUAAUUAUAUAUAUAUUUAUAAAUAAAUAUAACGAACACUUGUUAAAGUGAUACUAUUAAAUUGAGAUCGUUUCUGAGAAUGGUGAUAACGGAAAAACAUAAAAACAAACUAUCAGGCAAAAAUAAUAUAAAUUUAUCGAUUUCCUCUCAUAGUUUAGAAGUUUUUGUAUAAAUGAUGCUUUGUAAAUUAUUAAUAUUGAUUUUAUGAAAUCUGUAGCAUAAGUAACAAGGAGACUGUCGAAUCUAUUUAAAAAUAAUGUUUGACAGUUACAUAGUUUUCUGCAUUUAUCAAUAACAUGAAAGAGACAAGUUUCCAAAUGAAUAGUGUGCUUUUUAGUCAUUAAAAUGACAGGAUGCACCUGCAGUUUAGAAUGGGUGGAGAAUCAUUGAAAAUGUACUGAAUCAUGAACUUGAAAGUUUAAAAUGGGUGAAGAAUCAUUGAAAAGGUACUGAAUCAUGAACUUGAAUUGUUAAUAACCGUUGAUCUUUUUUUACUUGAGGUAAAGU